CACAACCGACCGACGACCUCCAGACUCACCGGUGCGAUAUUUCCGUUCACCGCGUCACCAUCUGUCAUCUGCCGCUGUCUCCUUCAUCCGCGAACAUCCCGAGAGCGUCCGCCUGCAGAUCUGCCAUUAUGGCCGCCUAUAAGCUGGUGCUGAUCCGCCACGGAGAGAGCGUCUGGAACCAGGAGAACAGGUUCUGCGGAUGGUUCGACGCCGAUCUCAGCGACACCGGAGAGGCGGAGGCCAAGAGAGGUGGACAGGCCCUGAAAGAUGCGGGUUACGAGUUUGACAUCUGCUACACAUCAGUGCUGAAGCGAGCGAUCAGGACUCUGUGGCUGGUGCUGGACGGCAUUGAUCAGAUGUGGCUGCCGGUUCACCGCACCUGGCGUCUGAACGAGCGGCACUACGGCGGCCUGACGGGUCUUAAUAAAGCUGAAACCGCAGCCAAACAUGGAGAGGCACAGGUCAAGAUAUGGAGACGCUCCUACGACAUUCCUCCUCCACCCAUGGACCCCGAGCACGACUUCUACACCGCCAUCAGCAAGGACCGGCGUUACGGGGACCUGACGGAGGAUCAGCUGCCCUCCUGCGAGAGCCUAAAGGACACCAUCGCUCGAGCACUGCCCUUCUGGAAUGAGGAGAUCGUCCCGCAGAUCAAGGAGGGAAAGAGGGUCCUCAUCGCAGCCCACGGGAACAGCCUGAGAGGAAUCGUCAAACACCUGGAGGGAAUGUCGGAGGAGGCGAUUAUGGAGCUCAAUCUGCCCACGGGGAUCCCCAUCCUGUACGAGCUGGACAAGAACCUGAAGCCAGUGAAGCCUAUGCAGUUCCUGGGAGAUGAAGAGACCGUCCGCAAGGCCAUGGAGGCUGUCGCUGCGCAGGGGAAAGCAAAGAAGUAGAGCCGGAUUUCACAAAAUCACCCUCAGAAACACAAUCAGUGUUUUAACAUGAGCCAAACCAAUGAUCAAUCAUUCACAAAACACUCUUAAAGAGACAGUUCACGCUUAAAAAUACAAUUCUGUCAUCAAUUUACUUAUUCAAAACCUGAGUUUCUUCUAUUGAACACAAAUGAAGAUAUUUUGAAGAAUGCUGGAAACCUGUACCCAUCGACUUCCAUAGUAUUUGUGUUUCUUACUAUGGAAGUGAAUGGUUACAGGUUUUCAGCAUUCUUCAAAAUGUCUUCUGUUGUGUUCAAUAAGACGUCUGAGUUUCUUCUAUUGAACACAAAAGUAGAUAUUUUGAAAAAUGUUGGAAACCUGUAACCAUCGACUUCCAUAUUUGUGUUUCCUACUAUGGAAGUCAAUGGUUACAGGUUUUCAGCAUUCUUCAAAAUUUCUUUCAUUGUGUAAAAUAAGACGUCCAAGUUACUUCUUUGAACACAAAAGAAGAUAUUUUGAAGAAUGUUGGAAACCUCCAACUAUUGACUUCUAUAUUUGUGUUUCCUACUAUGGAGGUCAAUGGUUACAGGUUUUCAGCACUUUUCAAAACAUCUUCUGUUGUGUUCAGCAGAAGACGUCCGAGUUUCUUCUAUUGAACACAAAAGAUAUUUUAAAAAAUGCUUGAAACCUGUAACCAUCGACUUCCAUAUUGGUGUUUCCUACUGUGGAAGUCAAUGGUUACUGGUUUUCAACAUUCUUCAAAAUAUCUUAAGUUCAAUAGAAGACGUCUGAGUUUCUUGUAUUGAACAGAAAAGAAGAUAUUUUGAAAAAUGUUUGUAACCAUUGACUUUCAUAUGUUUCCUAAGUCAAUGGUUACAGGUUUUCAGCAUUUUUCAAAAUAUCUUCUAUUGUGUUUAAUAGAAGACAUCUGAGUUGCUUCUAUUGAACAAAAAAGAAGAUAUUUUGAAGAAUGCUGAAAACCUGUAACCAUUGACUAGAAAAAAUGGAAGAAACUCAAACAGGUUUUAACCACUUGAGUGUGUAAAUAGUGAGUAAAGUACUUUUUUGGGUGAACUGUCUCUUAUUCGGGACCAUCCUAAUACAAUUCAAACCGCUUGAAGUGUGUGAGUGUGAAUGCGGCGAGCUGAAAUUAUGUUUAGGAGGGAUUUUAGCUGUAUUUAGUGCCAGUAAUCCACCACUGCACAUUUCAGAAGAUGGCACUUGUGUUUGUCUGCUGUGGCAUUUCAUUGACGACUGUUGCCAGGCACCGACAUAUAUUAAUGAUCAAGUGGGCUGCGUUUAUUUCCCGGUCUUCGUGUGAUUCAUGUUUUUUUGUGUCGCUGCUCCGAAACACCCACAGAGAUGAUCUGGAAAUAUCCCAUAAUUCUCCCACAUCUAGAGUCGAGAAGUGAGUUUUGCUUGGUGAUUUGUGUAUUAAAAUGAUUAGUCACUGAUUAUGUGGUUAAUGUCGAUGUAUGUCGAAGUCCUGCUGUCGUUUGUGUGAUUAUAAUAAUGCAUUUUGAGCCCGCAGAUGUUCACCUUAAUAAUUCAAUAUUGAAUAUUGUGCCCCAGAAUAAUAAUGACACUGUUUUUUGUUUGUUCCUUUAGUAUUUUGCUUGUAAGUUAUUUUGCUUGACUGAAAGACGAGAGUUGUGUGUUACAAUGUGCAAUCCCUAAUAAAUAUUAUUGGCUUACGCGAGCAGA